CAGCAUAUGACAUGCAUCACCUUUGUCUCCAAUGCCUUUAAAUCAACCUUUGGGGAAAUUAACAAGGAAACAAUAACGUUUUCAUCGACGAAGACGAAAGAACAAGAAACAUCUCCAUACAAACUUCCCUUGUCCUUAGCCUUUCUUUAGCAUUUCCUAAAUCCUUCGUUUUUCACUUCUACUUCUGAAAAUAUAUCGCAAAUAAGCCCCAAAUCCAUCCAUCGCUAGCUUCAUUCACGUUUUUGUGCACUUGGGUUUUGUAUUUAACCAAUAAAACGUGAGAAAUACAUCUUGAUUAUCUUUUACACUCUCCAAUAUUUCUUGAAAAGUGUGAACUUGUAAUUGACAGCCAUGGAAAAAUCAGAACCACCAUUUCAGGAAUUCUAUAAGAACUUAUUCACUAACCAUGAAGCGUGGAAAGAGAAUGAGAAUGGCAUUUUUGAUGACGUGGAAGAGUGGGAGUUACCAUUGAUCGAUCUCAGCAGAUUGCACCAUGGUGGGUGGCAAGGUGCAGAUUGCAAGAGAGAGAUAGCUGAGGCAUCACAAAAAUGGGGAUUUUUUCAAGUCAUAAAUCACGGUGUUUCGUCGGAUAUUUUGGAAAAAAUGCAAUGUGAACAAAUGAAGGUGUUCCGAAAGACGUUUUAUGAAAAGGCCAAGAACCACCGUGAAUUGAAUUUUCCGACGGGCAGUUACAGGUGGGGAACUCCUUCUGCAACUUGUUUGAAGCAGCUUGCGUGGUCUGAAGCUUUUCAUGUACCACUGACUGAUAUCUCAAACAUGGGUGGCUUCACUACUCUCAGCACGACAAUGGAACAGUUUGCUACCAUGGUAUCAAAACUAGCAGAAAAUCUUGCAGAGAUUUUAGCGGAGCAACUGGGCCAUAAGUCUGAUUUUUUCAAGCAGAAUUGUUUGCCAAGCACAUGCUACCUCCGUAUGAAUAGAUAUCCACCGUGUCCCAUUUCUUCACAAGUGUUUGGAUUGAUGCCACACACUGAUAGUGAUUUUCUCACUAUAUUACAUCAAGAUCAAAUUGGAGGAUUACAAUUAGUGAAAGAUGGGAAAUGGAUUGCUGUUAAACCUAAUAAAGAAGCUCUAAUCAUCAACAUCGGAGAUCUUUUUCAGGCAUGGAGCAAUGAUGUUUAUAAGAGCGUUGAGCAUCGAGUGGUGGCUCAUAAAGAAACUGAGAGGUUUUCAGCUGCUUACUUCUUUUGUCCAUCAUACGAUACAGUGAUACAAAGCUGUGUUGAGAAUUCCAUUUACAAAAGAUUCAGCUUUAGAGAAUUCAGACAGCAGGUUCAAGAUGAUGUUAAGCGACUUGGUUACAAAAUAGGACUUCCUAGGUUUAUUAUAUGAACCAAAUAGACCUCAAAUUUUGUUUCCAGCAAAUCGUACGUAUACCUAGCGUGAAGAAUAUCCCCUUAUUUUUGGUAUUCAAUCUUCUACACAAAUAUUCUCAAAUAGAGAGAGAGCAGUAUAUUGUUGUAAUAACAUGCAAUCUUCUCUGAAAGCUGUACCUUGCUGUUUCAGCUAUUGGAAAUGGGCUCACACCUUAUCUUUUAACAAUUAAUUUGUAAGUUAUUAAUUUCUUCGUACCAAGGCCAGAUCAACUUUAGUAGUUUGUAUGUUUUACACUCGUUGCAUAGCUCGAUGUGGCCACAUGCAUUUGAAACUUUGUAUGAUCGAUCAGUUUAAAACUAUAAAUGAAAACC